GCGGUGCCAGCGGCGGGGGCGGCACCGGGAGCUGCUGCGGGCUCCGUGCCGGUACCGGUGCCAGUCCCGGGAACUGCUGCGGGCUCGGGGCCGGUACCGGGAGCUGCUGCGGGCUCGGGGCCGGUGCCGGUCCGGAGGUCCCAGCCAUGCUGAGCCGUCUGGGAGCGCUGCUGCAGCAGGCGGUGGAGACGCGGGAGCCCAGCGUGGACCUACUGGAAGCCUUCACCGAGCACUGGAGGGGCAUCACCGGCUACUACCUGGAGGCCACAGACGAGAGCACCCCAGCUCUCCGCACGGACAUUCCGUGGCGGCUCCGGCAGCUCUUGGACAUCCUGGUGUACGAGGAGCGGCAGCGGCCGGCGGGAGAACCGGGACCGUGCCUGGAAUUCCUGCUCCAGCACAAACUGCUGGAAACCCUGGCAACCUUGGGAAAGGCCGAGUACCCCCCCGGGAUGAGGCAGCAGGUCCUGCUCUUCUUCAGCCGCGUCCUGGGGCAGCUGCAGCAGCCGCUCCUGCACUACCUGAGCGUGCACCGGGCCGUGCAGAAACUGCUCCAGCUGCAGAACGUAAAGAGCAUCCUGGAUGGGAGCAGAGCCCCGGAGCCUCGGGACAGCCCCAGGGAGGAGGAUUUGGAGCAUCCCCCGGGCACUGCUGCCAGCUCCCCUCCAGCGCAGCCCUCCCCGGCCCGCAGGGACAGGAGCCUCGUCACCUGCCUGCUGGGGCUGUGCCAGAGCAAGAAGAGCCGGGUGGCGCUGAAGGCUCGGGAGAACCUGCUGCUGCUGGCGGGGCUGCGGCAGGAGGCGGCUGCCAGCUGCCUGGUGAGGGGCAGUGCCCUGUGCCAGCUGCUCGCGGGACACCUCUGUGACCUCUACAGCGCCGUGCCCGCUGGCACCGACCCCGCUGAUGUCCUCGCCAUGGACAGGGGCAGCUGGAGGGCGCAGGGGGACGGGGACGGGGACGGGGCUUUUCCCGGGAAGGAGAGCCUGGCUGAGUUCCUGAGCUGGCUGGACUUCGUGGAUGAGUUGGUGAUGGGCGCCCACCCGCUCGUGGCCGAUGCCAUCACCGAGGCCGUGGAGGAGAAGUUUUUCCAGGGAAUCCUGCAGCCGCAGCUCCUGCAGAUGUCGGAGCUGGCCGUGCUGGGCACCACGGCCGUGCUGACGGGCACGGUGCGGCAGCUCCGCUCUCCUGCCCUGCUCCACCGCCUCGUCCUCUUCCUGCUGGGGCCCCAGCGGCACCCCGAAACCCCCGGGGACACCCCCCACCCCCUGCGGGCCCAGCUCAUCGACCGCUGCGACCACCUGUGCGACGAGAUCAGCCUGGCCAGCCUGCGGCUCUUCGAGGAGCUCCUGCGGAAGCCUCACGAGCACGUGGCUCACAACCUGGUGCUGCGGAACCUGGAGGCCAGGGCUUACCUGCAGCGCGGCCCCCACGGGCCCGAGGAGCGCGGGCCCCCUGAGACGGAGCCCGAGGAGGACGGGCUGGACCUGGAGGAGGAUCCCUAUUUCACCGACGGAUUCCCAGACAACUUCGGGGCGACAAAAAAUUCUUCCCCAGCGUCAACCCCAUCGGGGAAGGGGCAAGCGAGCGAGGUGGUGAGCAGCUUCCUCUGCUUGGUCCCCGAGGAGGCCAAGACCUCCUCGUGCAUGGAGGAGGGCGGAUACGACACCUACGUGCACGAUGCCCUGGCAAUGGUCCAGGCGUGCCGUGCCAGCGCGGCCCCGUGGGGGUGGCCCUCGUCCCCCUGGCCCCUGGACUCCUGUCAGCCUGCAGUGGCUUUUUACGAGGGACACUUCCUCAAGGUGCUGUUUGACCGUUUGAGCCGGAUCCUGGAUCAGCCCUACAGCCUGAACCUGCAGGUGACCUCAGUGCUGUCUCACCUGGCCGCCUUCCCCCACCCCCACCUCCAUGAGUACCUGCUGGACCCCUACCUCAACCUGGCCCCUGGCUGCCGCUCGCUCUUCUCCGUCCUUGUCAGGGUGAUCGGGGACCUGAUGCAGCGGCUCCAACGCGUGCCCCACUCCAGGGCCAAGCUGCUCCUGGUGCGCCAGCAGCUCCUGGGGCUGGUGCCGGGAGAGCAGAUGGAUCACACGGUGCUGUUCAAGGGGGUGGUGGUGCUGGAGGAGUUCUGCAAGGAGCUGGCUGCCAUUGCCCUGGUCAAGGGACCACCCGAGGGGCCACCCUGAGCCCCCCCUGUUCGGCCAGGCUGUGGUGGCCACUGGGGAAGGCCCAGCGCACGUUCUGGUAGCCCUGCAACAGCCAGGAGCGGCCGUGGCACUGCAGGAAGGACCUCGCAGGAGGACGAGGAGGAGCCGAGUCCUUCGUUGUGGCCUUGGCCAGCCCCGAGGUGACGCCGGGUGCCCGUGCUGGGCGCGGAGCCGUGGCUGCUGUGGCUCCUCCUGGGUGGUGGUUCCUCCUCCUUCCCCGCGCUGUCAGAGCUGCCCCAAGCCCCCAAAGCUCCAGCAGGGAAUUUUUAGGCAAUAAUGGAGGGUGUGUGGGGCAGCGCCCCUCACUCAGCUGCAAGGACUCGAUUGUCCCCUGCCCUGGCGUUGUGGCAGGGGGAGUGUGACACGUGUGACGUGUGUGUGAUGUGUGUGGUCUGGCGGGGGUCUGUGCUCCCCAGACCCCGCCUAGCCCCUCCCCAGGGUGAUGGGACUCUGCUCCAAUAAAGCUGUGACUCAGCACCA